CCCUGUCUCGCUUCUUCUGUCUGCUCUCUCGUUCGCCUCCCACCGAUCCGCCGCUCCGCAAAUGGACCGGAUCGCCUUCCGCGACCAUAUCUUCCGCCGAAGAUAUUUGCUCCUGGCCGCCUUCUGAUUCCGCCAAGAUUUCUGCACUUUGUCGGCGAGAUUCGGGCUCGGUCAAGUAUUCGAUCGAUUGCGCGAGAGAUAUUAUGGAAUUCGAUCUCAAUGUGGCCUACCCCGGCGACUCCCUUGCUGCGGCGCCCUACUCCUUUGAGUCAUCGAGCAACGACAUCGCUACCGCCGCCGCCGGAGACGAGGACGCGCGCUCCUCCAACGGCGCUGCCUCCGUCUUCUGUUCCGAUGUCCUCGGUCGUCCCGCUGAGCCGGUUGUUGACGAGGAGGAGGGAUGCGUCUCGCCGGAGCCGGGCAUGGCCACGCGGCAGCUGUUCCCUCUGGCCGCGGAGGUUGCUGCGAUGCAGCCUCACGUAGCCGUGGACUCGUCCUCCUCCUCGCCUUUGAGCUUUGCCGCUGUUGGCUUGUGGAAGGGAACGACGGGUGGUUUGGCGGAGCCGGAGGCCAACCUGGUGCUGCAGCGGCGGCAGCAGCAGCGGCAGCAGGUGAAGAAGAGCAGAAGAGGACCGAGGUCUCGUAGUUCACAGUAUCGUGGAGUCACCUUCUACCGGAGAACCGGGAGAUGGGAGUCCCACAUUUGGGAUUGUGGAAAACAGGUUUAUCUGGGAGGCUUCGAUACCGCCCAUGCCGCCGCAAGAGCAUAUGAUCGUGCUGCGAUCAAGUUCCGUGGACUUGAUGCUGACAUCAACUUUAAUCUUAGUGAUUACGAUGAGGAUUUGAAGCAGCUGAGAAAUUUAACCAAGGAAGAAUUUGUACAUAUACUUCGUCGGCAAAGUACUGGAUUUGCAAGGGGAAGCUCCAAAUACAGAGGGGUGACUCUCCACAAAUGUGGUCGUUGGGAGGCUCGCAUGGGGCAGUUCCUUGGCAAAAAGUAUAUAUAUCUUGGCUUAUUUGACAGCGAAAUAGAGGCUGCAAGGGCACAUGACAAGGCUGCUAUCAAAUUCAAUGGAAGGGAGGCCAUCACCAAUUUUGAGCCGAGCAUCUAUGAAGGAGAGAUAUCUCUGGCACCUGAAAAUGAAGUUGCUUUUGAGGAUGUUGAUCUCAAUCUGAGGAUAUCUCAGCCCAACCUCCAUUAUCCAAAGAGGGAUGGUAAUUCAGGUGGUACCAAUUUCAGUUGCCACUCAUUUGAAGCUAUGGAAACUGGAAAUUCUCAGGCUGAAAGCCUUAAUUAUCUGAACGUUGGUCCUCGCUUGGCUAUGGCACCUCAGCAUCCUCAUUCGUGGGCCUCUUCUUGUCCGAGCUUCUUUUUCAGCAUCGAGGAGAAGAGGAACCACCCGAAGGCUGAGGUUAGGCCCCGACAACCCCUCCCCAUCCCCAUCCGGGCAUGGCAAAUUAGUCCUACGCCACUGCAAUCCGUCUCUUCUGCAGCAUCAUCAGGAUUCUCUACUGCCACCACAAUGGCCGCCGCCUCCCAACACCCAUCACUUCCAUUCUCCUCCAUCCGCAACCACUAACUAGUAUUAUUUGAUGACGCGCACUCACUUGUGUCCGUGAUCACGACAUCAUCUUCUAAAAAGUCUGCCGACACUCGAAUCGGUGACAGCUUUUGUGAGACCAUUUGCUUUGAUAAGCCUCCAUGGCUUUGCGAAGUGAAAGGUCAAAAUGUCGUAGGCGCUCCUUUUGUCAUUUGAUGCUCACCCGACAUCGGAUAUCUACGAGGAAAGCUUAUUCCCUGCUGCUGCUGCUGCCGCUGCCGACAGCUUGUGUGGCCUUUAAAAGGCUGUGAACUCUUCUUUCUUGGGUCUGCUUCUUUUGUUUGUAGUCGACUGAACUCGUGCCCACUGUCACGGCGCCCCUAUCCUUGCUUUGGGUUACCGUGACUUGUACCUCUGGUGGUGUGGUGGUUGUUCCCCUUUCCCAGGAGUGUACCGGGGUGGCCUCUGUGCUUUGCUUUCGCAUGGUCUCUUGGGAGGCUCGUCUGGUGGGAGCAUUAAAAUUAUGAA